AUGAGCAUUCCUUCAACUUCCUCAACACCAAGAUGCAUGAAAGGCAUAUCUAUUAUACACGUUGGAAAACGUAAUUUUCGUGUUCCAACUGCUUCUCUUCCUGAGGGACUUUCUUCAGGACAAGAUAUUUAUGUUCGACAUGAUAAAGAAAAUAAGAAACCAGUUAUUAUUAACACAAAGACUGAAAAUGAAAAGAAAGAUAAUAAAACCGGUAGAGCAAUUAAAACCGAGAACGAAGGAUUUAUAAAUGAUUAUAUCACAAUCGAUCAAAUUCCAUCGGCUUUUUACGGGCUCAUCAUUGGAAAACAAGGAGCUACAAUAAAACGAAUAAAGUACGAAACUAAUACUUAUAUAAAUAUUAUUUCGGAUAAAGAACUUGUUAACAUUAGGGGUUAUGAGCGUUGUGUUAAUAAUGCUAAACAAAUGAUUUAUGAUAUUAUGGAAUAUAAAAAGCUCUUUUUACCACCGACACAUUUCAUUUCUUUACCAAUUAACGAUCCUACUAUUCGACGAAAUGUAGACAAUUUUCAAUCUGAGGUUCUUCAACUAAAGCUUGCAAACAUAGAUGAAUCUAUACUUAUAAAGCCCCCAUCAUUACAUCUUACAAUUGGAAUGUUAAAUUUGUAUAGUAAAGAAGAUAUUAGAGGAGCAGUGAGUUUACUUAAAAGAAAAUCACAAGAAAUCCAUCAUUUAAUCCAUAAUUUAAUAGGAACACGAGCUAUAGUUUCUGACCUAACAGGUAUUGAAAUAAUGGGUGACGAUAAAGAAAAAACACACGUCUUAUAUUCUAAAAUUGAGGAACCAGAAGGACGAAAUAUCCUUGAAAAGUUAGGAGAAUUUUUAACCGAUAUAUUUGAAAAAGCGAGAUAUUUAAAGAAAGAUGAUCGCCCACUAAAGUUGCAUGCCACUCUUAUAAAAACCAGGCAUAGAGAUGAUGGUAAUGGUGUCGUACCUAAUCAUGAUAACAGGCAAAGAGAAUUGAAUAGAAUUCCCUUCAACGCAACCACUAUUCUUGAUAAAUUUUCCAAUACAGUAUUUGGAACUUGUAUAAUCGGAAGUAUACAUAUUUCAAAAAUUGGCGAAUAUGAUGAAAUGGGAAGAUAUCGUAGUGAAGGUAGUAUUAGAUUGCAUUAG